CCUAUACUAUAGUGUGUGGUUGUGUGAAUUUGUCAUUCAUGCUUGGCUGGUUGUUUUACAUUCUUUGCGAUUCGAAGGUUUUUUUAUAGACACCCUAAAGCUUGAGAUAAACAAGCAGUGAAAACAUAUAAAGUGUUAGACAUUGAUUUUUUUUCACCGAUACAGUGAUGUGAAAGGCCUAAUCAAAGUGGCGAGUGGCAACUAUUGCGUAUCAUGUAACCCGUAGUUUAUAUUCUGUUACAUACUGCAUCUAGUUUACUGGAUUCACUAACUACAAAUGUGAUACAAAAUGAGUUGGCUAUUAAGCUCAUUGUCGUUGGGGAACAGGCUAUCCAAGGAUCUUGAUCCUCGGAUUGACUAUGAACCCCAUGCUUGCUUCAAAUCUUUCUGGAAGCAUUGGCAGCAAGCUUACGGCAUUAUCGUAAAGUCACAGCCCCAACACCUCCACGACGAUGUCCUCGGCGUUGUGAACCACUUGGAGCAGAUGACGACGCUUUUGGAACUAGAGGCGAGAGCGCGGGAGAUCAACGCUACAAUGGCUGAAGUAUCUUGCCUUGAGCAUUUGCUGGGCGAGAACCUUCUCGAUAAGCUCUACGAAUGGGCCAUUUGUACCGGAAAAUACGAAAAUGCACUACGUCUGGAGCAGCUCAAAAUGUUCGGGAGUCUGGUCAGCUAUUACAGCACGCAGGUAAUCGGAGCCGAACCCUUUCUCAGGCCAUUAUUGAAACUGCUCAGUGGUUUUAGAAAUGAAUUGCCGCCUCCUAAUUUAGAAAGUCAACUAGUGAAAGUGUUGAAUCAGAUCUGCGUCGCCUUAAUGCAGAAUAUGAGGUUCAUCGAUCUCUUCUUCCUGACGACUCACACACACGAGCGUUCUCAAUCUGAGUUUAUAUUAGUGCGUCUGCUGCUGUCCUCCGUCCACCGGGAGGGCAGGACGGGCUCGGCAGCGCGCGACGCGUUACUGCUCUGCGCGAAAAUGUCGGCCCGGUGUGACCAGCUCGCGGACUACAUGUUGGCUGGCAACACCUGCCCCGUCCUGGCCACCGGUCUGAGCGGGCUGUACUCGCUGCUGCCCCGGACUCUGGACGAGGGCGUCUACCGGCUGACUUCUGAUGACGUCAACCACGUGCACAAACUGACGCUCUUCAUCGACUCCCUCGAGUUCUGUAACGCUGUUGCACAGGUAGCCCACGCAUCGAUAAAGAAGCAUCUUCUGGACUUGCUGUACCAAGGAUUCCUGGUGCCAGUACUGGGUCCGGCUCUACUGCAGACGAAACCGGGGCACUUGCAGAGUGGCGCCAACGAGCAAGUGACUGCCAUGGUCUACCUGGAGCUCAUACUGCGGUGCGUCACCGAAGACGGUCUGCUGAGGGCGGUGCUGCAUUUCCUCUUCAUGUACGAAUAUGAUGAGGUCAAGAUCGUUGAUGUUCUCCUGAGACGACUGGAGGGGACCUCUCAGUUGUCGCUUCUCUCGCUCGCUCUUAUGGAAACCCUAAUCGAUUUGAACUCUGAGGACGUGGCUAUAGAACUCAUCUUCAAGCAUCUCCUCACCGGGAGCCACCUGUCACCGCCGCACCGUCACAAUAUAGCCGACCCGGAGUUAUACAGAGAGGCCGCGGUGGCUUUCUUAGAUCUGUCGCCGAAAUGCUGUUCGAGACCCGUAGAGAAGACGAGACAGUGGGUGAGGGAGCUCGACAUGAGCGGAAGGAGAGUGUUAGACUUCAGAAGAGAAGAGGAAAGGCCAGUGAACGGGGUUCACGAUGAGAUAGUCAUGAAGAAUCUAGUCAACGAGGUUAAUUUCAAUUAUGGGAAUCCCAACGAGACCCUAUACGGUAACUUCCACGCGUACUUAUGUCAUGCGCGAUUCACGAUCAUAUCGCGGGUGAUCGCGUGCAGCAACUGGAGCUCGCGAUACGAGGCCGUGACGUCACCGAAACGAGAAACGAACAACAACAAAGAAACAAGAGAGACAGACGCACAGGCCAACGCGAAAGAGCAGGACAGCCUUAUUUCCAUCUGCACCAGCGAUUACGAUACGUUGAAGACCAGCGAAACGUCUGAAAAGGAACAACACAGUCUGACCUCUCUGACGGCGUGUCUCUCAACUCUGAACGGCGACGAAACAAAACAUAUCGACAGCAGUGACGUGAAAGAUCGAGAUGAUUUAUCGAUGAACCAAGCUAGUGACGUGAAAGACGCCGACAACGUAUCGAUAGGUGAAAGCAGUGACUACGAAAGCUUUAAAUAUAAAAGCGAGGAAGACGGUGAUAAUUUCGCUGAAGAUUUGUUCAGGAAGAGUUUUCAGAAAGUACAAAAUAAUAGAUUGUAUGAAGUGCCUUUAGUUAGGAAUUGGAGGGCAAGUGUCGAGUCGAUUAUAGGACCGCUCCUAAGCAGCUUAUUAAAGAAGUCAGCAACUUUACUCGAAUCCGACCUGACGGCGAACUGUCUCGUAACAGGAGUUAUAUCGAAGUUAGCCUCGUUUCCAACUCCACUACUGACGGCGCUGCUGCUCUGUCCUGCCUUCGUUCUACCACCCAAUGUGCCCUCGUUGUUUCAAAUACUGCACACCCUCAAAGAGGAGAUAGACGAGCUGACAGACGGCAUCGAGAACACGGGCGAGCUUAUAGAUAAAGCCCGAGUCUUCCUCAUACAGAGAGAGUUGGCGCUGAUGAAAACGCGGGGGCCGACAGCCGAUGAUAGUCAGGCACAUCUACAAGACACGUCAGCGCACAAACAAGAAGAUUCACCGUUCCGCCGCGUCGAGUCGAAAAGGCGUAGCAUAUCUAACAGCAUCUACACGAUGUUCGGAAGAAGAUUAUCAUCUUCGUCGCCGUCACAAAACAGUUCCAGCCCACAGUCUAUCCCUAGUCCACAAAGGAGGCCAAUAUUCACGCAAGAAUCAUAUUGGAAUCAAUCGAUAACGCUUCGUUCGAUACUCAAUUCUGUCAUAUUAGAUGAAUGGCUGAAAGAAUUAGCCGCUAUAUGCGAAGAACAGGCUCUCAGAUUGUCCGUUGAAAAUUACGAGGAUGACACGUAUAUCAGAGCGGUGGCGUUAUGACUGAGGGCCAGGGCCGCGAACGGCUUCAAGAAAAACGAUCAAACGGUCCAUGGACGUUUAGUCGAUACUUCGCUUUGAUUGUAUUGAAGUUUUUGUUUAGUCGAUUUUUGUAUCGCGGUAGUGACAUUUUUUAGUUUAUAUUCGACGGAUUUAAUCAAUGACUAAUAGAACAACGAUUUAUUUUAAGCCUAAUUAAAUGUGUUUAUUUUCGUUUUGUAGCGAAUAUGUGGGUCGCUUGUGUAAGUACAUAAAGUGUCAAUCGAUUUUAACAUCGAUGUUUUAAAACUUUAGAUUAUUUGUCAGUGUUUAUAAUAAAUCGGAUUGUUGUGAUACUAACACAUUUGUUAAUAACAUUAUCAGAUUAGAUACAGUAGGAUAGAAGUUCAAUAUUACAAAAAAAAAGUAAUGUAUUGUUAAACAACCAACUAUUACCCAAAUGCGCGAUAUUUUGUGUAGUGAAUGAGCAAACGAAAUAUAACUUAGUUAAUUAAAAUUAUAAAUCGUGGUCAAUUGCUUAAAUUUCAAAAAAAGCCCCAUGAUAUAAAUCUUAAGACGAUCAGCGUCGUAACUAAUAAACAAAAAUAAAACAAUACAUAUCAACAACCCUUAUGAAAAAGUUUAAAAAAGUUAUUACAGCAACAAGAAAAUCGCAGGUAAUGAUGUAAUGGAAUAAAACAUUUAAUAUUUUUAAGUACUUUUGUACAUUAAACCGUAUUUUUUCUAUCGAAAGUGUUUCAUAUAUCUAUCAAUGUUCGUUUUCGAUUAUGGGUUACCUAUUUUUCCCAUCCGCAUUUAAGAAAAUUUAUUUAGGAAUGAAAUCAAAUUAUGAACAAUAGGAAAAACAACUUGUAAAAUUAUUUAAAGGAAUCAAUUGAGUCAUUACUACUACAUACUGCAGUAUGACAAAGCGCCGUGUGUAGCGAUGAGUGGGGCCGCACUAUCCCUACUCCAUACAAAUUUUCUGACAUUUACAUAAGACGUCACAGAUAGUGUAUAGACAAAUUUUAUAUUCUCUAUAGCUUAUAAGUUUCAAGAGUGUCCAAUUGUGUACAGCUCAUAGAAGCCGCAAUGGCUUUAUAAAACUAAUUAAUUAGUUUGCUACGUUAGAACAAUAAUUUAGAGAAAAGUUUCAAGAGUGUCCAAUUGUGUACAGCUCAUAGAAGCCGCAAUGGCUUUAUUUAUUUAUUUAUUUAUUAAGUUGCACCAACAAAGUGAUCAUCAAUACAAAACAUUGACAAAUUGACAAAAGUUCAUGGCAGAUGUCACCUCAAUUAUAGGUGCAAUCGACAGUGCAUUAACAUCAAAAAAAAAAAAAAAUAUACAGCUAAGAUUUGAAUAGAUUUCAUUCAUUGCUUAUGAUUAAUUUAAUUGGGAGAUGAUCCGCGACAGAUUUUUAUAAAACUAAUUAAUUAGUUUGCUACGUUAGAACAAUAAUUUAGAGAAACCAUUGUCGUGGGAUUGUCACGAUAAGCAUCGACACUCGGAUCUUACUACACAUCAUAGUACUGAAUUUUACUUAUUAAGCAUCACAUACUUAAUACUAAGUACCUAAUAAAUUUAGUUUUUAAUAUUCGUCGCAAUUCGUUUUUUUUAUGUAAUAUAUUUAAUAACGCCAGAAUGCCAUGUAAGUAACAUUGAAACUGUGAUUUAGUGAUGUUCAAAAAACAUUUUUUAAUACGUAUACAAUUUAUCGAUUAAUAUUUAUAUCUAUUUUAAUACGAAUUCGAAUAUCGAUUUGAAAUUAUUGUUGUAUAAUAUUUCAUGUUUCACUAUAGUAUAUGUUUAGUGGUAGAUAUUAUUUACGUCGGUUUUGAAUUUGGUUUGUGUUAUUUUUGUGACUGGAGUUUUAUGCGUAUCAUAAAAUUUACUAACAACGUAUUAGAAGAGAUUGACGCGAAAUGUUUAAAUGUAUUUAAAUUUACAAAUUUUAUUAUGAUAACUGGAAAUUUUAUUGUUAAGUUCUAAUAGUGUCUUGCACGACCUACAAUAAAUAUUUUCUUUCAAAGUUUAUUGUCGAAUUAGAAAAAAAAAACUUUUUUUUUUUAAAUUGUUUUUCACUUCGAAAAUAAAUUCCAGGGAUAUAAGAUUAAUAUUAUGAUUUGUAUUGUGUUUCGAUUGAUAUUUAUAGAAUUUAUUUUAUUUUAUUAUAGAACAUUGUUUAAGUAAUUAAUUUGUAUUGUGUUAUAUUAUGCAAUUUUAUAUUAUGUUUAUUUUUUGUAGUUUUAGUGAGUGACUUAUCGGUGUUUGUUAUUUUCGUAAAACGAUUAGUUGAUUUGCUUUUUUUUGCUUUUAUUUUAACGAAGACUUGUAUCGAUUGUGAAUUAAUUAUAUUUUCAAUUAAAUGAUCAGUUACUUAAAAUAACGUGUUAAGGUAUUUACUUUUUAUUUACAUAUUUAUAAAAAUGCUUUUUGUGUUUUCAUUUACUUUUAUGAAAUAAAUUGUGUUAUGUUUUGUGGAUGAAAGCGAAAUGCUAGGAUUCUCAAUUAAAAUAAAUUACCGUAUAGAAAUAGUAUGAAGAUUACGUUUAUAAACUGUUACAAGCUGUAUGUGAGUGCUCUGUUCCCAUUGAUUCAUCAGAAAUAAUAAUAUUUUAAAGUAGAUAACAUCUCAUAAAGCGACCGUAAUUUAUUUAAGCUGAAAAUGACGAAUAAGUUCAUAAAUAUUUACUUUUAUUUUUAAUUUCCAGUACUUAAAAUAACGAUGAUUAAACGGGACUGGGAAAUUAGAAAUUCAUGACCUUCUGAUCCUCAGACUUCUUAUGUCUUUGUCGAACUUGCCUCCUUGCCGCAUUUUAAAAUCUUAUAAACGCAAUUAUUUAUUAGUUAUUAUUUCAUCCUGAAAUCGUUAGAAUGGAAAGGUGCUUUGCAUAAUGUUAGUAUUUUAAUGAAUAUGUUUAUUAAAAUAAUUUUCUCAAGAUUACAGUUACGUGAUGUUUCUAAGUACUUUACAAGUGCAAUACGUAUCUUAUAAGAUGGUUUGUCAAUAAAUUUACGAUUGAAAUUAAUGUACAGAACCGUGCAAAAGGAAUAGAAACCUUAGAAUAGUCCUAGUAAACCUUAAAUUAGAUCUUCCUAUUUCUGUUAUCGAUCAUUUAAAUACCAAAUGAAAUUCACUAUUCGAGGAAUAGGUAGCUAAAUGUUUCGACCUAAUGAAUAAAAGAAGAAUAAUGUAAUUGUUAGAGAAUACACUCGUAUGAGCUUAGUACGUGUAUGUACCUAUUUGUGGGUGCUCGGCGAGUGUCUUAUAAAAAUAGUGUCGAUCAAAAAGAUCGAUAUUAACUAUUUUAGUAAGUCUAUAUUAAGACAUCACUAGUUAAAUCAAUUUGACAUGUAACUAUUGUGCAUUAAUGUUAGGUUCCUUGUAGAUUUAAAAGUAGUUUUUUGAAAGUAAAAAUGUAGCCGUGAACAAACAAUCCUGGUCAAUGUAAGAAAUAUCCAAGCGUUCAAGAGCCUGUUCAAAUAUUAAAAUUUAGUUCUAUGGGUUUGUCUGUGGACUUUCAUUGAUACAUAUAUGAAUCGUUGAGUUAUGGAAAUUUUAUUUGAUUCAUUAAGUUCGCAUAAGUUUAUGAACACAGCAAUUUUAUAUAGCAGAUGAUUUAUAUAAAAAUGUAUAUUAUAUAUAAUUGAUGUUUACCCGACAUAACAACAAAAUUUUUAAAUAAAUUUAGUGCUAAGCUGGCGGAUUAUUCGCCUCCAAAACUUCACAUUCAGGGCGUUUUAAGGUGUAGAUAUCAUAUAGGCCAGCAUUGAUGCUGGUGGAUAUUUUAACAGAUUUUACUGCAAAUGGUGAAACUCUUAUUAUGAAGUGCUAUCACAUGUCCUAAUGAAAAUGGAUACGUCCUUUUCCGUCCUAAUAUAUAAUACGUAAGUAAAUAACUCCUGUAACUUAUUCGUCCUUUAAUGUAAUUGAAAAUUAUUAAGACAUCAUUAUACAUGUCGAUUGGCUAACUAAAAAUUGACUUCGAUAAUUUCUAUCAUGGUUAUGAAUUUUAAUGUAAUUAAAACAACGUGAAUUUUAGUUUUGUUAAAAUAAGUAAAAUUGGCAAAGGCACAAAAUUAUUCUAAAUAAAUGGGACUGUGAAGCACAAUUGUAAUUUGUAACGUUUUAUACCUGAAUUGGAAAUUUAGGAAAUAAAUUAUUGUCAACAGUGGUAA